CUUGCCUUGCUGUCUCCAAGCCUCUGACCGUUGACCUCUCACCUCUCACCUCUCACCUUUAACCUUUGAACCUGUCAUCUCUGAUCCGACCUCUUACCUCCAACCUUUACCAUCCCAGUCAUUUCUGCCACUUCCCCCAUUCACCAUCCACCAUCCACGUCAACUUCCACCUCGAACACCCUCAACCCAUAUGCAAACAUCCACAUCCAUAAUUCUCGGCGUCCUUCCUCAUCGUCGUCCUUCUUUUUCACCCGUCAUCAUAGUGCAACACCCGUUCCACUAUCGUUCCACUUCCACAUCGUCCUUUCGACCUCUCUCGCCUGCGGCCUGUGAAUGCCACUUCGCCAUCUCGCGCUAAUCCGUCCAGGGUGUCUGAAACCAACGCCCAUCCUCGCUACCACCGCAAUCACCUCUGCCUUUUCCUCGCCAUCUCAGCCCGUUCUCCCAUUCUACCGCCUCGACGUCCCUAUCUAUCCAUCGACCUGUGUGCUGCAACUAUUGUGCCGCAGCCAUGAAGCAUCAGAUACUUCUACGUCCAUCUCCAACAUAAGUCCGACUUCCAGACAGUCGUCUGUCCGGCACGUGUUCCUCUACCCUGAAGCAUCGCCUAUUCUACAACCUCUUACUCGACCUUGACUACCCUCGAGCUCUCCGCGGGACCUUGCCUCCCGAAUCACCACAUCAGUCAUGGCCGACCUCUCUCUUGGUCCCUUGAGGAUCGCCAACCCCGACGAUGGAUCCCCCGAACCUCCUCGUCAAGUUGGCUCUACCUCCAACCUCCCACGAGUCUCGCCCAUGGUCGAUCCUCCCUCCUCUUACGACGGCACAACCUCUUCCAGGCCCGAUUAUAUCUCCUCUGUCCCAAGACGACCAGAUAGUCCUGUCUCUCCACUGGAACCCCCUCCCGAAGAAUUCUCUCCUGCAUCGACCGUCCCAUCCUCCUCACCAACCAAUUCACCACUUAACAACCUAGAUCCUUCGAGCAUGAUUCAAAAUGGUCGGUUAUCAGACCGACCGGCCCCGCGACAGAACAUUCCCUACACAUACCAAGAUCAGCAACAAUCACAAUUUCCCCAAUAUCAGCCCAUGCCCCCUCAAGCCCAAGACCAAAGAUCUGUCAGACCGGCCUCGACAUAUUACAUGCAGAUGCCCGUCAACGGAUCAAAUGGCAACAACCUGUCGAGACAAGGCUCCUACCGAGUCCGUAGUGAUGGCUCGGGGUCCACGGGGUUUCCUCAGCGAUCUUCGUCCAAAAGAUCGGCCAUGUCUGGCAUGGGCGAUGUGGCGGGCGUCCCCUCGCGCGAUGAUGCCCACACCGAACGGUCUUACGGCCAAGGUUUGUAUACCACGGGUAAUGCGCCUCUCCCACCCCGAAGAAGUUCUCGGGGAAUGCCUCCGAGCCGUAUUGGCACGAACCCCGGGGGCAACACUCCCCUCUCCACCACGCCUAAAUCUAUUCAUACCCCCCUCUCCGGCUCGCCCUAUAACAUCGAGGACCGACCACUAGCCAGUGCAGAUGAUUGGCAAGAAAGAGGCGCAGCCAUGGGCAUCAAGAGAGAGUACGACUCUGAAGGCCGGCAAGUGCUCAAGGCUGUUAAAAAGGGGGUUAAGGAUUUCAAUUUCGGUCAGACCUUGGGUGAGGGUUCUUAUAGCACAGUCCUUGCCGCCCAAGAUCGCCAAAGUGGAAAGGACUAUGCCAUCAAGGUCUUGGACAAAAGGCAUAUCAUCAAGGAGAAAAAGGUCAAGUAUGUCAACAUCGAAAAGGACACGCUCAACCGACUGACUGACCACCCUGGUGUGGUUCGGUUGUAUUAUACAUUCCAGGAUGAAAGAUCCUUGUACUUCGUGCUCGAUUUGUGUGCUGGCGGCGAACUGCUGGGCGUCUUGAAAAGAAUGUCCACCUUUGACGAGGAGUGUACGCGCUUCUACGCCGCUCAGAUUCUCGACACAAUCGAGUAUAUGCACUCUCGAGGCGUCAUCCACCGAGACUUGAAACCCGAGAAUCUUCUCCUGGACGAAAACCGCCACAUCAAAGUGACCGACUUUGGAACCGCAAAGCUACUCUCGGACCUGAGGGACUCCGACGGUCGGACGGUCGGCUUCGAGCCAGACUCAACCUCGAACGAAAACCGGGCCAACUCCUUUGUCGGCACAGCCGAAUACGUGAGCCCCGAGCUCUUGACUGACAAGUUUGCCUGCAAAGCCAGUGAUCUGUGGGCUUUUGGCUGUAUUGUAUAUCAGUUACUCGCCGGGCGCCCGCCUUUCAAGGCGGUCAACGACUAUCAUACUUUUCAAAAGAUUGUGGGACUCGACUAUGAAUUUCCUCGCGGAUUUCCCGAGAAGGCUAAAGAUUUGGUGGAGAGAUUAUUGGUUCUGGACCCUCAGAGGCGGUUGUCUUUGGAACACGCGAAGAAUCACCCUUUCUUUGCCGGCAUACAAUGGGGCCGCGGCCUUUGGCAGCAAGCGGCCCCACGACUCAAGCCGUACGUCCCUGCGCCGCAGCCCCCGAUCAAGCUCAACGGGAGCGGCGCCGUUGACAACUAUCCCCCCAAUAUCUCUUCAGGCCAUAGCACUCAUCCCACCAUGCUGCCACCCAAUAACCAGAAACCCCAUCCACGAGUAAUCACCGAAUUGCCACCCCCGAGUCAACUGGACAUUGAAUGGUCGCCCGUAUUGACGAGAAAUAACGAGAGGAUUCUCAAGCUUGGGAAUCUGUCCGUCGUGUCGACACCGAACCCGCACAGCCCACACGGGCAUGAAGGCGGUGGAAAGCUGUCGCGACUGUUUGGAGUGAGCACCACGAAGAAACGACAGAGGCUGGUCAUGGUCACGUCAAGCGCACGAAUCAUCAUUGCAGCGGCGGGAGGGGAGGAGAAGCGGUCCAAAUCGGAGAUCUCUCUUCUAUCGCCCGAUACGGGCUUCCACAGCGCCACUGAUGCCAAGGGGGUGACUCAGUGGUUUGUGAACACUCGAGACAAGCAAUACGUCUUUGAGGACUCGAACGCCAAAUCAGGAGAGCAGAUGGCCACGGCAACAUCGGCGCAAGAGUGGCUAGAUGCCCUGGUGCGAGCACGCGAGAUCGCAAUGUCGCUCCAGGCUCAGAGCUCGAAUCAGAAUUAUUCCAAUGACGAUUCCUUGAAUUUGUCGUCAUCCGGGCUGUCCAGUCACGCCAGUACGAUUGAUCGAUCCACAGACCUCAGUCCCCAUUCGGGGGGACAUGGCCUCUCGCAAAGAGGCAUUCUACAUAAACAGAACUCGGUUGACGGGGAAUCCAUGAAAGGAAGGAAAAGAUUCAGUAAACGGCAAUCCAAGAGUGGACUGACGGCUGUUUUUUAGACGAGACCAGAGGCGGGUCAACAGGAACGUCUCGGAAAGGAGGAAUUGAGGUGAUGGGCAGGCAUUCAUCCAGGAAAAACUGACAGAGAAACCAUUUAUUUGGGUCACAAGAGAAGGGGUUGCAGUUUGAGAUUUUGGCAUAGCCAUGCGUUGCAUUGCGAAAGUGAGAUUUGAGCGAACAAGAGCAACGUGUCAUUGUAUGUUCGGACCGCUGCUACUGCUGCUGUUUGGUGUGGAGGUUGAUUUGGGAGACGGAUAUAUAUGGUGUUGUGUUGUUAGACGAUGGUGUCGCUGUCUCGGUUUGGCCCAUCAAGGGUCUGGAGCAAAGCGACACAACAAAAAAUUACAGCGUGCCUUGAGUUGGCCCAUAGGUGGGAUCAUGAUCGGGACCAGAAUCUAUUCCUUGACACUCCCGAGUUGGUCAAUUGUUCAAUGAGUGGAAUCUUUCCUAGUGAGGGGGUGAGUGAUGGUCAUUGAUAUUAUUGACUUGCGGCUGGUCGGCUGGUGGAGUACUUAUCCCCAGACAAGCACGGACCACACGAAAAGCCCACAAUCAGUUGUUAUCCG